AUGCACCUUGAGGAUUCGGUUUUGGAGCCGUUCGCAGACAAGGUCCUCCUCACAGAAACCUCCCUGGACUCCACCGCCAUCACAGUGCGGGGGGUCUCCCUGGAGGACGAGGGCUGCUACAUCUGUUCCUUCAACAUUUACCCCAAGGGAACCACUCGCAAACAGAUCUGCCUCAUCGUCCGGGGAGUAAGGACGGUGAGAACUUGGAAGAGACCACUGGUUGCUCCUGCACUUGACACAGAGAAGCCAGUGGUGGUUACCUGUUCAGCCACUGGCAAACCGGCACCUGAGGUUCAGUGGGGGGUGUCGGAGGACCAAAAGUCAGGACCGAUGGAGACCACCUCGAGCAACACCAACAGCGACGGAACUGUUACCGUAACGAGUAGCCUGAGAUUAGACCUGUCCACGUCCCCACGAACACAUGUGGACUGUCUGGUGGGCGGUCAGGAGACUCAGAAAAGGAUCAUGGUGAGCGUUUGA